GUAAAAUUUUGUUUGCGCUACAUUUAGGCGUGAAAAUUAUAUAUCGUUUAACUUGAUGUAGAAACUUAAACAUUUCAUCUGUUUUCAUGGACUCAAAACGUCCUAAACUAUGCACAUCAGAAGCUGAUAAUUUGAAGUCUGAAACAGAUGUGCUUAAACCCGAAGAAGUUGGAAUUACGGCUUAUGUACGACCAUCGGUCAAAGGUUUCGAAGCAGUAUUGAAAAACAGAUGGGAAGAUUUCAUCGUUCGGGAAUUUAAAGGUUGCACAUAUGCCAGAUUGACAAAUUUAGAGCCUAUUCCAGAUCCUGUUCCAGAGGCUAUUGAUUUUAAUAUAGAGGAAAAACUGGGCGAUCACUUAUCUGAACUUCAAAGUUUAGAUCAUGGUGAUAUUGAAAAAUUAAAAAUCAAAGCCCCUGAUAAUAAAACGGAUAGGACGCAAAUUCAUGAGGCGGUACGUAAAUUAUUCCCAUCCUUGGAAAGCACCACAGUAAAAGAAGAUGAUCAAAAUGUGAUUGUUGUAUUUAGGAAAAAUCAUCCAGAAGCUAAAAAUUCACGAAGAUCCAGAGGAAACGCCAAAGGCAUGAAUAAAAGCACGCCCUAUUGUCGCUUUGUAUUGUACAAAGAGGGUAAAGACACUCUUAGUGCUAUUCAACUGCUGAGUCGUUUCCUUCAUGUUGGGCCUGGUAUGUUUACGUAUGCUGGUACUAAAGAUCGUCGAGCGAUCACUACACAAUUUGUUACAGUAAAGGGCAUCAAUUCAAAAACUCUGUCUUCACUUAACAGUCGACUAUACGGGUUACGUGUAGGGAAUUUUUCAUAUGUUUCGUCUCCUCUUUUCUUGGGAGAUUUGGAUGGAAAUCAAUUUGUGGUUGUGUUGAGGUCAGUAAAUGCAAUAAAAACAGUUGUUCAAGACGCAGUUGAAGCGUGGAAAUGUACUGGUUUCUUGAACUAUUAUGGUCUACAGAGGUUUGGGCAUUCUUCACAGUCAAGAAGUUUUGAAAUUGGAAAAUAUCUCAUUCGUUCCGACUGGGUGAAUGCCAUUGAUCUAAUCUUGAAACCAACUUCUGCAGAUUUGCCCUUCCUUCGAGAAAUUAAGGAAAAAUACUUAAAAUCUGGUGAUGCUAAUGGGUGUGCUGAAGAGUGUCCAUUGAGCAUAGAAAAAUCUCUGUUAUUCGGUAUUGCAAAGUAUGGCAAAACCCUCAAUGCUCUACAGAUGCUUCCUCGUAAUCUUCGUCAGAUAUAUGUGCAUAGUUAUCAAUCGUUCUUAUGGAAUCAUGUAGCUAGUCGUCGAAUGGCACAACAGGAUCCAGAUGAUUAUUAUGCUAAACCUGGUGAUCUUUAUUAUAAUAAUAUUGAUCAGGUGACUAUUUCAGAUGAAUGUAAAACUGAGGAUGUUAUCUCCGAAGAAUUAGUUUUAGAAAUGAGUGAAACCUUAGUGACACCAACAGAUUGUACUCCUUCGUCUAAAACAUCUCUCAUUCAUCCAUCAGUUGUUGGAGAAGAUGAAAUUGGAAAAAUCCCUCUGAAGUCUGUUGUACUUCCUGUUCCUGGCUAUGCGACACACUAUCCUAAAAAUCAAAGCGCUGAUUGGUAUACUGAGUUACUCAAAGCAGACGGUUUAUCACCUAAGAAUUUUAAUAAUUCUAUCAAAGAUUUUGCACUUCCUGGAUCCUAUCGACAGUUGAUUGUUGUUCCGACAAAUGUUGAAUAUGAAUUCCAUGAAUAUUCAGACCCUAAUAUACCACUGGUUAAAUCUGAUCUCCAGCUUCUUAACAAUACCAAUGACAAUCAGGCCAAUAUGUCAAAAACUGAAACACAGGACAAUGAUAUUUGCAUAAAUAAAGAUAAAAGUCAACAGGCUGUUGUGCUCACGUUUAAUUUACCCAAAUCAAGUUAUGCUACAAUGGCAAUACGAGAAAUCACAAAAACUGCUAUAGAAAGAAGAUAACUUCCAAUAUACACUCGAACAUUGGAACCAUCUGAGAAAAUUCUAUUGAAUUUUCACAAUGUUUUAUAAGCUGUAAAUAAUAAAAACAGUUUAUUUUUGUUUAAAAAACAUUUCUGUUAUUCUUUUUUGUUAGAGGGUUUCGUUUCAAGUUCAUUGGCAAGUAGUAGUAAGAUGCAAAUCAGUUUAUUGUGU